GGCGCGGGUGGACCUCGCGCGGUAGCCGAGCGCAGCCUGUCGCUACGUGCGGCGCCCGGGGCAGGUGGAAGGAGGGACUGCGGGGCCGCUGCGCCUCCCCCACGCGCCGACUCGGAAGGAUCGCUGCUGGCCGUUGGCUGCGGUAACGCGCCGAAGAGAAGGGGGAUUCGCCCUGCCGGCUGCUGCUACCUGAAGGACGGACGGAGGGUCCGGGGUCGUACUCCUGAGCCCGCGAGCGGCGGUGGAGGCAGCAGCAGGGCACUUUGAAAUUGCCUAAACCUUAUUGGGGAACGUGUCUGCCAGUAGUUGAAGUGAAACUUGCUACCAGCUCCUAGCUGAAGUUCUGAACGAUGCCAGCUUUAUCAUCUGGAUCUGGUGGAGAUGGAGGUUUGUAUGAGCUGCUGGCUUCACUGCCAGCCCAGCUGCAGCCACAUGUGGACAACCAAGAAGACCUGACCUUCCUCUGGGAUAUGUUUGGUGAAAAAAGCCUUCAUUCUCUGGUAAAGAUUCAUGAGAAAUUGUAUCACUAUGAAAAACAGAGCCCCGUGCCCAUGUUGCACGGUGCCUCAGCCUUGGCGGAUGAUCUGGCUGAGGAGCUGCAGAGUAAACCACUAAACAAUGAGAUCAGAGAGCUGUUGAAGCUCCUGUCCAAACCCAACCUCAAGGCUUUGCUUUCUGUGCAUGAUACUGUUGCUCAGAAAAGCUAUGAUCCUGUAUUGCCUCCCAUGCCUGACGAUAUUGAUAACGAAGAAGAUUCUGUGAAGAUCAUCAGGCUCGUAAAAAAUAGAGAACCUCUGGGGGCUACUAUUAAAAGGGAUGAACAUACAGGAGCUGUUGUUGUGGCUCGCAUAAUGCGUGGAGGAGCGGCAGACCGAAGUGGUCUCAUUCAUGUAGGUGAUGAGCUUAAGGAAGUCAAUGGAAUUCCUGUGGAUGAUAAAAAACCAGAAGAAAUUAUACAAAUUCUGUCUAUGUCCCAAGGAGCCAUUACAUUUAAGAUUAUACCCAGUAUCAAAGAAGAAGUCCCAUCGAAAGAAGGCAAGAUCUUCAUGAAAGCUCUUUUUGAGUAUAAUCCCAGGGAAGAUAAAGCAAUUCCCUGUAAAGAAGCUGGACUUCCUUUCAGGAAAGGUGAUAUUCUUCAAAUCAUGAGCCAAGAUGAUGCAACCUGGUGGCAAGCCAAGCUGGAAGGUGAUGCCAAUCCCAGAGCAGGCUUAAUUCCUUCCAAGCACUUCCAGGAAAGGAGACUUGCAUUAAGAAGGUCAGAUGUACAGGUUCGGCCCUUGAAGAUUUCAAAUAAGAAAUCAUCUGGUUUUAGGAGAAGUUUUCGCCUAAGCAGAAAGGAUAGAAAAACAAACAAGACAAUGUAUGAAUGCAAGAAGAGUGAUCAGUACGACACAGCAGAUGUCCCAACCUAUGAAGAAGUAGCAAAAUAUAGGCGGCAACCUAAUGAAAAAUACAGACUUAUUGUCUUAGUUGGUCCUGUUGGUGUAGGACUGAAUGAACUAAAACGGAAAUUGUUAAUCAGUGAUACUCACCAUUAUGGUGUAACAGUUCCACACACAACAAGACCUCGAAGAAGCCAGGAAAGUGAUGGUGUUGAAUACACUUUUAUUUCCAAGCACUUGUUCGAGACAGAUAUACAGAAUAACAAGUUUAUUGAAUAUGGGGAAUAUAAAAAUAAUUACUAUGGUACCAGCAUUGACUCAGUUAGAUCUGUUCUGGCAAAAAAUAAAGUUUGUUUGUUAGAUGUACAGCCUCAUACAGUGAAGCAUCUAAGGACAUUGGAAUUCAAACCAUUUGUGAUAUUUAUAAAACCUCCAUCAAUUGAGCGUUUAAGAGAGACACGAAAAAAUGCCAAAAUAAUUUCAAGCAAGGAUGAAAAAGGUGCUGCCAAGCCUUUCCAAGAAGAAGACUUUCAAGAAAUGAUUAAAUCUGCACAGAUUAUGGAAAGUCAAUACAGCCAUCUCUUUGACAAAGUUAUAGUGAAUGAUGAUCUUACCACAGCGUACACUGAACUGAAAACAAUUUUUGACAAACUGGAGAGAGAAACAUUUUGGGUCCCAGUCAGUUGGGUGCAUUCCUAACGCUACACAAAUGUUUCACAAUACUCUAACAUGGUACUUAGUUGGGCCUAGGUGGACAUAUUGUUGUUGGGGUCCUUUUCUAGUUAUGACAAGUUAGAUACACAUUGCAGUAGAAUGUCAAUCUUAUUUUCUGUGGAUUCAUAAUAGAGUUUUCUAGGCAGGAGAUCACAGUGAAGCCUUAUUUUUACUGGAUUGUGUUCUUAUUUUUUUAAAAAAGCAUCCUCAACUAUUGUAAUACCAUCCUUCAUAAAUAAUUUGCACUCUACCAUGACAUUUCCUUUAAGCUAAGAUUUGUUAGAAGAUCUUAAGAUGAGAGAUCCCUGCUAGCACCCUAUCUAGAUUUGGUUAGCACUUGAAAAUGUUAUAACUGGAGCAUUUAUUUGUUAUGAAUGUAAGUGUCUGUUCAGUGCUGAUCUAUAUAUGUAGAAUGCAAACUGCUUCUCUACAUUCAGCUUGACAUUGAGCAAAUUGAAGUUACUUUGGUGGAAAAAUUAUCUUAGAUGUUUUCAAUCAGCAAUAUAUAAUAUUUUACAUCUUAAGUAUUUGGAUAUUGACCUUUGGUGGGAUUUAAGACAAUGGGAUUUUCAUUUAGGCCAAGCUUGAGAUGGUUUGAAUAAUUCUUAUAUAAGAAUGAGAUAACGUGGUGGAGGGUAGUAGCCUUUGUAAUUGAGUCAGUUGUAUAAAUGUAUUUAUAUAAAUACUUGAUUAAUUUAAAUAUAUAUCUUUCUAAAACUGCCUUUGAGAAAAACCUACAAGUUAUGUUUCAGUGUGAAAAUCUGUGAAUCAUUCCCAUUUUACACAAGGCACAUGUCAUUAAUGCUUAAAGCUGCGUUCUCUGAAAUGAAGAAAGAAACUUGGUUUUUGUUGACACCAAAUAUGUUACUGGAUAAAGAGAGAGAUCUGUUCUGUGUUAGUGGAUCUGUCCGACCGAUAGCAUGCGAUGAUGAUGCAACAUCGCCUUAGCAUGCAAAGAGGAAGCUUGGUUAUUUUAUGUUAACAUAUAAAAGUGUUAGCUGUCUUAGAUAAAGGCAGAGGACUUUAGACAUAUAUAUAUAUGAAAAGAGAUUCAAAUAGAUUUUUAAAAUAUUUCUUCUCAGUGCAGUUUGUUAAACAAAUCCACAGGUCUCUAUGAUAUGAAACCCUGACUUGACAGUUCAACAUUCCAUGUAAAUAUUUUCGUUUAGAUACAGAUGAUUCACCAGGCUUUUGCCAAAUCAGUGUAAAUAGGUGGUUGCAUUUAUGUUUCCAAAUUAUAUUACACACAGGAAGUGUCACCCUUCCCAGGUAGACCAGACAGGAAACACGACCAGAUAAGCUGAUUGUACUUUAUUGUAAGGUCACCUAACAGUAUCUUGCAAGACUGAAAGUACGAAUCUCCCGCCCUCUGUUCUACAGCCUGAUAAGUUAGGGAGGUUCCUUUCUGAGUUUCUUCUUCUGCUCGUUAUGCAGCUGCAGGCUAUACACUCUCUUAUCCGACCAUUCCCUAGGCAGCAUCUCUUCCCCCUGUCUCCCAAGGUCGUUCCCACAUACCAUUACAGGAAGUGCCAACAACUACAAUGUAGUCUUGGGAAUCUACACUAGUGUGACACAUCCUGUAGCUUGGCACUGAAUAUAUGCAAUGUACUCUUCAAGGCUCAGGUUUUCUUGUAUUUGGUGAAUUAAGUACCAUUUAAUUCACAUGAAAAUAUGAUCAGGAUUAUUUUUUUCAACUAAAAUGUUCCAUUUUUAAUUUCUUAUCUGAUUACAUCACUGUGGUUCUUCUAACUGUUAAGUCCUAAGUAUCUUUGAUUAUCAGUGGAUACAACAAUAUCCAGAGUGCAAAAGUGCCUGGUAUCUGCCAACAUCUAAAUUUUAUAUCUAAGAUGAUCCAAAGUGCUUCUUUAGAAAUAGAUUUUUCUCUUUAGAUAUAGCAUGAAAGGCUAUUCUUAAAAUGUUUUUUUGUUGAGAAUAAGGAAGCAUUUGGCCUAUUACUACCACAUGUUAUGAUAGCCCAGAGGAUCUCUAAUACUAGGCACAUAAAAUAUAUCAACAUUGUGUUCAUACUAGUGAUAGUGGAAAUUGUUAAUCUGUAUGAGAUUCCUUUGUUCUCUGUUUUGAGAGAAAACUUAACAUCUCAGUAGCUUGAAUGGAGUGGCCCAAGUUUGUUGUGGUUUUGACAUGUUUAUUUUAACGAGAAUGUAAUUGCCUUGGUCCAAGAACACUGGUGUCCGUGGAGCUUUCCAUAAGCGAGAGUUGUGUGUUUUUGUUUUUUAGCGCAGUGGAAUCCUCUAUGCAUGCACAUCUGGACUGUGUGGCGCUUCGGAUCAUAUACUUAGCAUGGAGAGGUCAGAAUAAGCAACAGAGAGACACUAAAGUCCGUUUUGCUAACAGCGAAACUUGACAGUUUUAUAAGCCUCAGCAAAUUGUACUGCAUGGUUCUUAAUACUGUGUUUUUAUAUUUUAAAUACAAAUAUCUGUACUGUAUUUUUUGCUGUUUUGUCAUUGUAAAACAAUGUUACACUUUUUAUACUGUUGGAUUCAGAGCAAUACUUGAAGUUGUGAUCAAUUUCACUUAAACUGAUGAUGUGCCUGAAAUACAGCUCUAUCACCAGAAAACAAUAAAUUAUUGA